GUUCACUGGUCUAUCACCACAUCUGUGGUGUUUACAGACAACAAGCAAUAUCCGACAAAUUAUCAUACCACUAAUUCUCAGCCGAAAGGGGACAGCCUACUAUCAAGACUGUUUUCACACUAAUCCGGACCCAGUGAGUCCCAAGCUGGACCAAGAGAGGACGCCGAUGUCCCGACAACGGAGGCUCCUUUGGAGGGAACUGCAUUUCGCUGUCCUGGACUAUUACGAAAUACACUCAUGACGGAGAGGGGUGUCACUGAUCUUGGAAAAAAAGAACAAAGCAAAAUGGCUGCCAAGGUGUUCUUUGUGAUCUUCGCUCUGGCCGUGCUGACUGCAUUCGUCAUGGCCGAAUAUAAUGAUGACUUUGAGGGCUUCGAGGACGACGCCCUCGUUGAGAUGGUAAAAAGGGGCAAGAAGGCUGCCUACCACCAUUGCAUUGACAAGUACGGCAACCCUUGCCUCUGUAACAGGAAAGGUGUCCCUAAGGUGUGCCAGUAAUCCACCAGACUUCACUCCCGACAGGCGAAACUUAAUCCAAGAGUUUUGAGGGCUCUUACUGAAUGCAGAUGUCUGUUAAUUCUCUAAGACGAAAAUGUUGGUGAAUGUAGUUGUUUCAUCGCAUCUUACUUGAUAAAUACUACCCUGUAUUCACUUGGUUGACGUUCAACCUGUAAUACCUUUUUCCAAAAGCUGAUGUUUAAUAGUGAGUUGUCAAACUGUUAUCAGUCACAUAUCCGCAUAAAUACCGGUUUUACCAGAAAUAUAUGUGAUCAGAACUCCGUACAAUCCUCCGAACUCCACCUUGCACACGUCCUAUUCACUGCGUACAAGGAAAUUAACUUCUCUUAGAAUCGUAACUUGUUUAUGCAGGCACACCUAGGAAAAACAUAAUGGGGGCCAGACGAAGCAAGCUUCGUUCCCUUAAGUAUAUUAUCUCGCUGCAUCAUGUUGGUUACAACACUCUACCUUGCGCGAAAGGGAGAGAACACACAAGGGUAGCCCAUGGGGACGAGGCUGCAGAGAGGCCUCGUCCGGUGUAUGUUUUGUUUGACGUCUAUGUACUGGACGCUGAGCUGGUGGUAGUUUAUACAUGCAUUCCACGUGCGUGUUGAUUAACAAAAAUCAGCUGGCAGGGUGACGUCACCCUACGUGCAAUUUGGUCACAAAAUAUAUGUUUAGCCUAAAUCAUAUCCUUUCCAAACGGGGCGCCUCUGGUUUCCUUUGUAGUAAGUCUACCGUUGCUGUGAAAUAAAGUCUUUUAUUAGUAUCAGCAGUAAAUGUUC